UUGGUUUGUAAUGUGGGGAGAGUGUGUGUCACAGACAGCUCCAAUGCAGUGCACGUAAGCUAGUCUUAACUUUGAGAAAAUAACAAUAAACAAAAGAGUUUAAUAUCAUGAAAUGAAAUCAAAAGUGAGUUUAGGAUCUAUUCAAAUACAAUAUUAUAAUAUUCACUCUCCUCACAUGCACCCUUCAUUCAACUAAUAAUCAAAAUAAAAACAAAACACUCUCAGUAGCUUCUUUUUUCCUUCUUGGAUCCCAUCUACCACUUAUUUCUGUGUUUUUUUUUUCAAUGAAAGGUUUAAACUUUUUGCAUUAGAACUAAAGGGUUGAACUGUGCUGUGUUGAUGUGAAUAAGAAAAAAUUAAUGGAGGAUGUUAUGCAUAGAGGUCGUUCUCUGGCUGAGACACCUACAUAUUCAGUUGCAUCUGUUGUUACUGUCAUGGUCUUUGUCUGCUUCUUGGUUCAGCGUUCUAUCUACCGCUUUGGAAAGUGGUUGAAGAAGACAAGAAGGAAGGCACUUUUUGCUUCACUGGAGAAAAUUAAGGAAGAGCUGAUGCUGCUUGGACUUAUCUCUUUGUUGUUGGCACAAAGUGCGAGGUGGAUCUCUGAAAUUUGUGUAAAUUCAUCGCUUUUCAGCAGUCGAUUUUAUACCUGUGCCGAACAACACCUUGGCACGAUUGAGAAUAUCAUGAUUGAAAACUCUUCCUCUUUACCUGAUGAAACUAAUAUUCCAAAGGGACUAAGUAGUGUCGCACUUCAUCAAUGUGGAGAGGGCCAUGAACCAUUUGUUUCAUAUGAAGGUCUUGAGCAGCUGCACCGGUUUUUAUUUGUUCUCGGGAUUACUCAUGUUCUGUAUAGUUGUCUGGCUGUCGCUUUAGCGAUGAGCAAGAUCUAUAGUUGGUGCAGAUGGGAAAAUCAGGCUGCAAUGGCAACUGAUGCAAAUUUGCAAGGAAAGAAAAACAAGGUGAUGAGGCGGCAAAUAACCUUUGUUUUCCAUCGCACUUCUCAUCCGUGGAGCAGGAGUCCAAUACUAAUUUGGAUGCUAUGUUUUCUGCGUCAGUUUAGGAGUUCUAUACAAAAAUCAGAUUACCUUGCGCUCCGUCUUGGUUUCAUCACUGAACAUAAAUUGCCAUUGUCAUAUAAUUUUCAUAAAUAUAUGGUUCGAAGCAUGGAAGACGAAUUUCAUGCCAUUCUAGGAAUAAGCUGGCCACUUUGGAUUUAUACCAUAGUUUGCAUAUUUGUGAACAUACAUGGUCUGAAUAUAUACUUCUGGAUCUCCUUUAUCCCUGCAAUUCUUGUCAUGAUAAUAGGUACAAAACUUCAACAUGUUGUAUCUACUCUAGCACUUGAAAUCAGAGAGCAGCAGGGUCCAUCUGCUAGAACACAAGUAAAGCCACGCGACGGUCUUUUUUGGUUCAAAAAACCAGAUAUAUUGUUAUGGCUAAUACAGUUUGUCAUAUUUCAGAAUGCCUUUGAAAUGGCUUCAUUUAUUUGGACAUUGUGGGGAUUUAAAGAAAAAUCAUGCUUCAUGAGACACCAUUACAUGAUCAUCAUUCGGUUGACGUCCGGUGUUUUUGUUCAUUUCUGGAGUAGCUAUAUGACAGUGCCACUUAAUGUAAUAGUUUCACAGAUGGGAUCGCGAUGUAAGAAGGCGCUAGUGACAGAGAGUGUAAGAGAAUCAUUGCACAGUUGGUGUAAGAGAGUAAAACAGAAGUCUAAGAAUGAGUCUAUGCACUCACAUACAGCUAGAUCAGUAUGUUCCUUAGAGUCAACAAUCGAUGAGAGGGACGAGAUAACUGUGGUAUCCGGCACAUUAUCUCGAACCACUUCAUUAGACUUAGAGUCUUUGAAUCAGAUAACAGUUACUUCAGUAGACCAGCUGAACUUUGUGACAUCUAACAAUCUCCAUGAUUCAACCAAUUUGUCCGAAUCUGUACAUAUUAAUUCGCCAUACAAUGAUGGAGACCAUGUUGGCAAUGCAGAGGAGGCUAAAAUUGAGAGCACUCUUUUUGAAUUGUUUCAGAAAACAUGAUAAAUUUUAUGUUUCAUAUUUUAAGUUCUACUGCAUUUCAAGCUGGUAUCUAUAGAUUAGUAUAUAUAGAUAUGAAAAUCAUUCUCGAACCCUAUGAAGUAUAGUUGUAUAUUAUAUAUAACACUGUUAAAAAGAAAUUAGCACCAAAAUCAAGAAUACGAGACCAAAUUUCUCUUAUUUUCUUGUAACUAAAUUUGAUGUCAGAAUUAGAAACAAAUUUCAAAUAUUUCUUCUUUAAAUUUCUCUCAAUAACAUGUGAGGAUUCAAGAAAAAAGCUCUAGUACCUCACACAGACAAUUAGAUAUUAUAUAUCUCUUUUUUAAAAUGAUAUACGAAGUUAUGAAAAUGCAGCCAUACAAAAUUUAUCUCCUCCUAGCAUUUUGGAAAUUCAAAUCCUCCUCCACAUAAAUAUUAUCAGCCAUAAUUAGUCUAUUAGAAGUUAAGAAAGAUGAUAACGAAGCCACCAUCAUUAAUUCAUGCUCAAAACACAAAACUCUCCAUGAGAAAAAUCAAAAUUCUUAAAUUCAACCCAGAAAAUAGGGAAGAUGAAGAAUUGUUCACAAAAAAAAAAAAAACA